CCGUAGCGACAUCUUCCUGAACUCGUUUGAACCUUUAUUUCGUGCUCUUUUGCGCAAUAUAUACUUUACCAGCACAUUGUGUAGUUUACGUCAGCGAAUUUAUUAUUUUUACAAUGAGUGCCAAAUUCUUGAAGCGGCACGAGGCAGUGUUUUUAGUGAACCAUGCGAAAGGACCGAAACUGUCGUAUAAAGCGGCUGCAAAAUAUAUACGGAAAUCGGAGGCAUUCGUCAAGAAGUGGGUGCAGCGAUAUUUGGAGGUUGGGAAUGUAGACGAUCUGCCGGAGAGGGGAUUAUCCCGCGCAACAACAACGAAGGAGAAUAAAGCAAUCCUGCGUCUCUUUCAAGAUAAACCAGGCAUUUCGCUGCGCUGUGCUCAAAUAAAACUUCGUAAGAAAGGAAUUGCCAUCUCUCUAAUGGUUCUGAUAGAAGAAGUUGGGUGUUGCAAGAAGACAAUGAUCCUAAACAUCGCA